UCUCGCGAUCAACUAAGCUGAGAUCAAAAGCCUUACCACUUAACUACUGAAAAAUAGUUAGGUCUUGGUUCUAGGUUAAUAAUAUAGCUAUCCAGAAAGUAUCACAGAACUCAAAAGCCCUAAGUCCCUUCCCGCGCCUUUCUCUCUUCAAUCUCCCCUCAACGCCGUUUCUCUGGCAACGAAAUGGUUUCGCAGUGGGGAAUCAAGUUCGCCGUUUACCUCAUCACCAACCACUUCGGCAAAAUCGUCGCUAAAGUUUGCGAAAAUCUGCUUAACCAUGGAGCUCUCACUUUGGACCUGGCUAUUCGAUACACGGAACUUUCCUCGGAGCAUGUUAAGAACUCAUUGCUUGUAUUGAUUCAACAUAAUUGUGUCCAGGCUUUUGUUGCAGAAGGUGGUGAUGAUGAUGGGUCGAGAGUUAAGACAGAAUACAUGGUGUUGUUUGAUAACAUACUCCAUCGACUGAGAUUUCCGAAAUUCAUGGAGAUAGUGUCGGGGGAUCUUGAUGACAAAUGUGCAAAAAUUUUUGAGGGUUUGCUCCGCGAUGGUAGACUUAACAUGAAACAAAUGGUUGACAGAGAAAGUCAAGGAAAAGAAAAUGCAGCGGCUGCAGCUGCUGUACGAGAGAGCCUUCUUAAACUUCUGAUGGCUCGAUAUGUUGAGCGCUGCCCACUCCCUGAGGCUAGGGUAGUUGAAAGAGAAAUUAUUACUAAGAAGCGUGGUGCUAAGGGGGCCCAGAAUUUCAAAGCACCAGAAACAAAAGAACAACGUGUUAUAGAAGCUGCAGUGCGUGGGGAUAUGAUUAGAUUUUCACUCAAUGCAGAUAUAGGUUGUAAUAGUGAUGGAGAAACAAAUCCAGCUGAUACAAGCGUUGCAGAAACUGAUGCAAAAGAGGACUUAAUUCUUUGGCGUGCAAAUUUUGAGGAGUUCACGCGUCAUCUCAGGGACAAGGCACUGGUUGAGAAUGUAAGAGCACGGAUGGACGAUGGAGCUGCUAUUGUCCUAAGUGCAAUAUUGAAGGCAACAAGAAAUAAAGAUAAAGAAGUGAAAAUAGAAAAAUCAGUUCCCUUACCGCCGGAUACAAUUUUCUCAGAGGUGAUUAAGACUGAAAAUGGCAGAACUAUGACCAUCGAUCGUGUUAAAGCUGCUCUUGUUCAGUUGGGCUGCUCAAAUCAGAUGUUAUAUGAAUAUGUUGUUGAUUUAAAGCACAUUAUUCGAUGGGCUCGAAAUGAAGAGGUUGAGUCAAUUGUGCUAAAAAGGUAUGGAAGGGAUGCCUACCGAAUGUUCAGGCAUCUAUCAAAGGAAAAUCAGUUUUGCCCGACAGAUAAGCUUGCAGAUGCUACUCUUGUAGAGAAAAAGGAAGCUCCAAAGUUACUGUAUAAAUUAUGGAAGGAAAACUACUUGCAUAUGGAGAAAUUAUCUGUCACCGGAGGAAAUACUAAGCCAGUGUCGAUUUUAAUGUGGAAAGUUAAUCAGCCUCUGCUUUGGGAACAUGUUCUGGAUGAGAUGUACCACGGUGCCUUAAAUUUGAAACUAAGAAUGGCUUCCGAGCAAGAAAAGGAAGAAGAGAUUAUAAAUACUCCUAAGGCCAAGAUUAAUGAGUCUGUGCCACUGCUGAAGAAAUACAAACGGCUACAAAAUGUUUUAUUACUCUUGGGAUCAUCACUGAUGAAACUUGACGAUGCUAUUAUGCUUUUCCAUGACUUCUGAAGAUAUAGAGGGAUAGCAAAUUUUGAUAAUUUAGAAUAGAUUAAUACUCCCAAUACAAUUGGAGCAUUCCCAUGAAUUUAAUUUCUUUUGAAAUAAUUGAUUGGUAUUGAACUGAGUAGCAGAUAUUUAAUUUCUUUUGAAUGUAUUGGGUAAUUUUGUUGCUAAAAGUUAAUAAAAUAGCUAGCUAACUAGUUUUAAUUGUUUUUCAA